GCGGGGGGGGCCGGCUGUCGCGCCGCCAUCUUUGGUCCAGUGCGGCGGCAGCGGCGGCGGCGGUGGUGAAGCAGGAGGAGGAGCCCCCGGCGCUGGCACCCAGGCCCGACCAUGGAUGAAGAAUACGAUGUGAUCGUGCUGGGCACCGGCCUCACCGAAUGCAUCCUGUCAGGCAUCAUGUCUGUGAAUGGGAAGAAGGUGCUGCAUAUGGACCGGAACCCCUACUAUGGGGGCGAGAGCUCCUCCAUCACACCCCUGGAGGAGCUGUAUAAGCGUUUUCAGUUGCUGGAGGGGCCACCGGAGUCGAUGGGCCGGGGCCGAGACUGGAAUGUUGAUCUGAUCCCCAAAUUCCUCAUGGCCAAUGGGCAGCUGGUAAAGAUGUUACUAUACACAGAAGUGACUCGCUACUUGGACUUCAAGGUGGUGGAAGGCAGCUUCGUCUACAAGGGGGGCAAGAUCUACAAAGUGCCGUCCACUGAGACCGAAGCCUUGGCUUCCAAUCUGAUGGGGAUGUUUGAGAAAAGGCGCUUCCGCAAGUUCCUGGUGUUUGUGGCAAACUUUGAUGAGAACGACCCCAAGACCUUUGAGGGCGUCGACCCCCAGAGCACCAGCAUGCGCGAAGUCUACCGGAAGUUUGACUUGGGCCAGGACGUCAUUGACUUCACUGGCCACGCCCUGGCGCUCUACCGCACCGAUGACUACUUGGACCAGCCUUGUCUCGAGACCAUCAACCGCAUCAAGUUGUACAGCGAGUCCCUGGCCCGGUAUGGCAAGAGCCCAUAUUUAUACCCACUCUAUGGCCUUGGAGAGCUGCCUCAGGGCUUUGCAAGAUUGAGUGCCAUCUAUGGGGGGACAUAUAUGCUGAACAAACCUGUGGAUGACAUCAUCAUGGAGAAUGGCAAGGUGGUGGGUGUGAAGUCUGAGGGAGAGGUGGCCCGAUGCAAGCAGCUGAUCUGUGACCCCAGCUACAUUCCAGACCGUGUGCGGAAGGCUGGCCAGGUUAUCCGAAUCAUCUGCAUCCUCAGCCACCCCAUCAAGAACACCAACGAUGCCAACUCCUGCCAAAUCAUCAUCCCCCAGAACCAGGUCAACAGGAAGUCAGACAUCUACGUGUGCAUGAUCUCCUACGCACACAACGUGGCUGCUCAGGGCAAGUACAUCGCCAUCGCCAGCACCACGGUGGAGACCUCGGAGCCCGAAAAGGAGGUUGAGCCGGCCCUGGAGCUACUGGAGCCCAUUGACCAGAAGUUUGUGGCCAUCAGUGACUUGUACGAGCCCAUCGACGAUGGUUCUGAGAGCCAGGUGUUCUGUUCCUGCUCCUAUGACGCCACCACACACUUUGAGACAACCUGCAACGACAUCAAAGACAUCUACAAGCGUAUGGCAGGCUCCGCCUUUGACUUUGAGAACAUGAAGCGCAAACAGAACGAUGUCUUUGGAGAAGCUGACCAGUGAUUGCUGACCCUCCCCCGGCCCCAGAUGCCCCUCCCCUGUUCUCCUCCAGGGCUCGGGAGACGGGCAUGGCUGGGCACCCCCCUCCCCCUUCCCCCCGUUUCCAGCAUCCUCUGCUUCCCCCACUACAUUCCUGUCACCCACCUCAUUGAUUCACUGACCAAAUCCUUAAUCUUAGUGAUGGUUUGGGAGAUGGGCGGGGGGGUGGCUAGCAUCCUCUUUCUUGGCCCUUCCUUAUCCUGGGAAAAGAGGGUUCCUCUCCUUGUCUGUGUUUCUUCCUCCGACCCCGAAUUCUUCUGUUCCGUCCGGGAAGAACACGGAGGGAAAGCUGACUUCUGCCCCCACUGCUCUUACUCCCACUGUAGUGGCCUUUGGAGAUCCCCCUGCCUCCCCCCACCACCUCUUGUGUGUUGGAGAGAAGGGGCCCUCCCAGCACAAAGCUUCAUCCCUCCCCUCCCUUCCCCUCCCCGUUAAUUUAUUCUAAUUUAUUAACUUCCGCCUCCCCUGUCUGAGAAGAGAGUUCUGGCCCCGCCUUGCAGUCCUGGGGCGGCCUCGGGCUGUGGAGCAGCCCCGGCUCCCUGGGCGGCCUGGGAUGGGGAAGGGCUUGGGCGUGGCCCCGUUGGAGGGUGACGUGCUGUUUUUGUUUGUGUCUUUGUAUUUGUGUCCUUUGUUCCCGAGAGAAAUGUGAGCAAAGCAGAAGGAGGUGGGAAAACGGAUCUAGACCCCCAGUGUGCCCUGCCCCCACCCUUUCCCUUAGUGGUGGGAAACCCCUAUCUUUCAAAGUGAAUGUGUGCCCUUCCCCAACCUCUAGUGUAUUUCACAGGAAACAAAACCUCCCAAUAAAACUGUGUGGAAACCUGA